GCAUCGGACGCCAGGCAGGAACUCGACUGUUGCAGCAUUGAGCUUUCACAGCACUUUCUCCUGAGCAGCAACACACUUCACAGCAGCGCCGAGCUGCCACACCUCUCAUAAUGCUGCUCCUCGACUAUCAGAACGUGCUCAUUGAGUCGCUGCUCAAAGACCGCUUCAACCCAGACAACGCACCCGCUUCGAUCGACCAAGUAGUCUCAGACUUUGACAAUGUCACCUUUCACAUCUCCACGCCGAACGCCAAAACCCAGAUCCUCAUCUCCAUCGCCGUGAAGUGCUUCCCCGAACUCGUCAAAUACGGCGCCGAAGCUGUUCUGCAACGCGAAUAUGGCCCCUACAUUGUCCAGCCCGAGCAAGGAUACGACUUCAGUGUGCAAGUGGAUUUGGAGAACCUGUCAGAAUCACAAGAGGAGAAGGAUGAUCUGAUCCGCCGGAUAAGCUUGUUGAAGCGCAACGCUAUGGCUGCACCUUUUGAGCAGGCGUUCGAUGAGUAUGCGAGCUUGGCGGAGCAGGCCAGUCACUACACAAGCGAGAGUGCGCCACAAGGAGUGAAGGAGGGCGGAGAGCUGAGGGCGAUACACUACCGUGAUCAAGAGGCCAUCUACAUCAAGGCUAGCCACGAUCGUGUGACUGUCAUAUUCAGCACAGUGUUCUCGGAUGAGACGGACAGGAUAUAUGGAAAGGUGUUCUUGCAGGAAUUUGUGGAUGCGAGAAGGAGAGCUAUCCAGAAUGCGCCGCAAGUGCUGUUCAGGAAUGACCCUCCUUUGGAAUUGCAGGGCAUCUCUGGGCUGGCGGGUGGGAAAGACAAGGUUGGAUACAUCACAUUCGUCCUGUUUCCACGCCACCUCACCCAACAGCGACGAUAUGAGGUCAUCUCACACAUCCAGACCUUCCGUGACUACUUCCACUACCACAUCAAGGCCAGCAAGGCAUACAUUCACAGCCGCAUGCGGAGACGGACGGCAGAUUUCCUGCAAGUUUUGCGACGAGCGAGACCAGAAACGGAGGAGAAGGAGAGGAAGACGGCUUCAGGAAGGACGUUCAAAGUGCAGGCUUAAAUUUUGACGCUCGGUGCUAGCGAUAAAAUGCGGUCAACGGAAGUCAAGUCGGAUGAAGUGUAUGCAGUGCGACCUCGCUCCUGCCCUUUGCAAGUAGGGAUCUGCAAACGAAUGAAGUGAAGCUCAGGCCGUCAGGCAACUCAAGU